AUGAGGAUCAGUUCGUUAUGGAACAGAGGCGACGAGCCAGCAAACAAUGAUCCCGAGUCAUCCCAGCAAUCCUGGAAAUGGCCAGUCCGUGCGAAAUAUGCGACACUCCUGUCUUCUCGAAAUUCAUCGCUUGCUGCACACCCCGACGAGGAAUGGAUCCAUGGUGUCCUACUCGGUACCUGGGCCACCGGAGGCAUCGCGACCUUGAAUAUCCUGCUGGCGCUCAUUGCCAUUGGCAUGAGCUACUCUCAAAGCGCCAACUCGCAUAGUUUUCUUACAACUGAAAUGUACAACGGCAAUUGCACUUUGUCAAGUAGAUGGGGAACGGGCAUACAUAUUUUCAUCAACCUCUUGUCCACUACCUUACUCGAGGCCAGCAACUAUGCCAUGCAAUGCGUGUCCGGGCCAUCCCGCACGGAUGUCGACAACGCUCAUAAAAAGCGCCGUUGGCUGGAUAUUGGUGUCAUGAGCUUUCGGAACUUUCGAGUCAUGAAUAUCAAGCGGAAACUCCUUUGGCUGGUUUUGCUCCUCAGCUCAGUCCCUAUUCAUAUGAUGUCAGUAGCAGAGACUCCUAGUCAUGUCACCACUAACUUGCGUACAAGAUAUAACUCGGUUGUUUUCUCAUCCAUCUCUACGCUCGAUUAUGGCAUGAUUCUCAUCCCUGAUGAUUUAACACCAACUGAGUCCCUGGUCGGCGCGGGAGAAACAAGCGCCUUCAUACAAGCCAUAGGCAGCACGCCGGAGCUGAUUCAGACUGAAAUCUUCAACGGUACCUUUCAGAACUUGAGUAAUGCUGAGUGCUUGAAGAAGUAUGAUGUGGAAUACAACACGCAUCUCGGAACCCUGGUUUUAGUGGCUGAGCGAAAGUACUUUGGCAAUGCAAGCAGUCUUCAAGGGACCAUAUGGGGCGUUUCAUCAGUAUAUGAGUACGUCAAGAUUGUGGGGAAAAGCAAAGCCGAGAAGUCAAUUGAUGAAGGGCAGUGGACAGCCGAGGGAAUUGAAUGGGCAUCACGAAGCAUCAAUGCUCCUGGCACCCUUCCGGAAUUCCCUAUCUCCUACUGUAUGAGCAAAACCAUGACCCAGCGGUGUCGGCUCCUCUUCAGCCCGUCCAUUGCGCUGGCUGUGAUUCUGUUCAACCUCACCAAGGUAGUCUGCAUGUACCUGACUGCCAAAACGGACCGCUCUGAGAUCUUCUUGCGAGUAGGAGAUGCCAUAUCCUCCUUCUUAGUCCAGCCAGAUCCCACAACUAAAGGCCGCUGUCUGAUGUCCCGGGCUGAUAUGGCUCGAGGGCCGCAUCGAUGGGAGCCAGUGCCCCGGUGGAAGGAGUCCAUACGAAAGAGGAUUCGCCGUGAUCCAAAGAAUCUGACGGAGGACAUACCCAUGGAAAACCGUCGUAUCUUAGAGCGGGCAGAUACUUCAGAAACCUCCUCCCCGAGAACACUACCACGUCGAAAACGAUGGUUUCGAGCAGCCAGCCUGUGCCGCUGGGCGACUGUAAUAAGCAUGUUCACCCUCUGCUUCCUCAUCUCCUACUUCAUCUACUUCUUCAUGAUCAUCGAGGGAGACGGCUGGUCCCUCUCAAAGCAAUGGAACCUGGGAUUCGGCUCCGCCAACUCCGAAACCUAUCUCGGCUUUCAAGAAGUCAACAUGAUCGCCCUCGUCCUCCUAAGCAACACCCCCCAACUAGUCUUCUCAAUCAUCUACUUCACCACCAACAGCCUCCUCUCCUGCAUGCUUGUCACAGCUGAGUACAACGACUACGCCUCCGAGCGCAAACCCCUCCGCGUCUCCUGGCCCCGCGGCCAACAACGCUCAACUUACUACCUCGCCCUGCCUUACCGCUACAGCAUCCCUCUUUUCAUCAUCUCUGUUACCCUGCACUGGCUCCUCUCUGAAAGCUUCUUCUACGUCAACAUCACUGCGUAUGAUGUCUUCGGCCAUGAGGACACGACCAGCUCUAUCAGAGGAUGCGGCUUCUCUCCUAUCGCCGUUUUUUGUAUUAUUAUCUUGGAGGGCGUGUCGUUUUUCUCACUACUAGCGCUGGGGAUGAGGAAGUUCCGGACCCGCAUGCCAAUUGCGGCGCAUUGUAGCGCUGCUAUUAGUGCUGCUUGUCAUCCCCCGCCUGGUGAUGAUGAUGCGGGACUCAAGGCUGUUGCGUGGGGCGAGGUCGAUUGGACAGAUCCCUUUUUUGUCCCGAUAGAUUUGCAUUCUGAUUUGGGAAUGGAGUCCAUGACUGAAGAUGUUAAUGUAGGUGCAGGUGGUGAGGGAGCAGGCUAUGGUCAUUGCACGUUCACCUCGUUUGAUGUUAUGAUGCCGACGAAGGGGAGGCUUUAUUUAUAG